GCAUAACCGCCCCUUUAGGUGAUACACUCCCACCAAUUGAGAGAAACUCCGACUGCACCUCAACCGUGUUACAUAGCCAGGGUGGUACAGGGCGCCUCUCAUUCCCCCUAUAAAAACAAAGCGUCGAAGACCCGAGGUCAUGAAGCGUUUCCUUCCUCGGGAUCUCCGCUCGGGGAGAAGCUGAUUGGUACCGACUUAACCGAUCCCAAAUGCGGGGAGAGCUCUGCAAGCUUGGUAUGGGUUGGUUCCUCGGAUUAUGAAUGGAUAAAAGUGGAUAAAUUAUUCACUUUACUGGUUCUCAUAGGGAGGGGUUUGAUGUAGCCAGGCUUUUAGGGCAAGUUUCGAUUGGAGUGAAUUCCUUGGUUCGUGGCCCUAUUUCUCAUUCUAUAUAUGAAUUGCUCUUGCUCUCGCUCUCCUCAAGGUUUAUAUCGUUACUACUUACUCUUUCUUACUAUUUGUUGAACUUCUAUUGGUGCCCUUCUUCUUGAAAGCUUUCUGAUCCUUGUUUUCUGGGUGGAUUGUUUAAGAGACUCACGAUGCCUUUCAAAUCGCGUUGGCAGGUGCAUGUCCCGGAUGCGCACCUGGCUACUGUCCUGUUCACAUCGCCCACUCAUCCGUUAUCAAAGACGCACAGGUGCUUCUCUGAGGCCGCUCGUCCUGACACGCAUUAUUUCACCACCCAUGAUUUCCGACUAUGGUCGAAGCGGUUUGCGGCGGGAUUGCGCAAGGCUGGUCUCCAGCCAGGCGAUCGGGUUUUGCUCUUUUCCGGCAACGAUCUCUUCUUUCCCGUUGUCUUUAUGGGGAUCAUCAUGGCGGGAGGUAUCUUCUCGGGGGCCAAUCCUACCUAUGUCGCAAGGGAACUAGCGUAUCAGCUCCAGGAUAGCGGCGCAACUUACCUCAUAUGCGCUGAAGGGAGUCUCGACACUGGUAUUGAAGCGGCGCAGGUAGCAGGAUUGAGUCGGGACCGGGUGUUUGUUUUUAAUAAUGCCAUCUUCGAUGGGCGGGGGGAGGGUAAGAUGGGUUGUCGCUAUUGGGGUGAACUGGUGGCGUCUGCGGAGGAAGGCAGCCAGUUUGUAUGGGACGAUCUAUCGACUCCAGAGAAGGCUAACCGUACCCUCGCCUUGAAUUAUUCCAGCGGCACGACGGGGAGGCCCAAGGGCGUGGAAAUCUCUCACAAGAACUAUUGCGCCAACAUGCUCCAGGCUAAUCAAUCGUUUUAUCUCAAUCCGGACUGGAAGGAAAGGAAUGCUAGGGCUCGGUUCCUCUGUUUCCUGCCGAUGUAUCAUGCGAUGGCCCAAAAUAUUUUCAUUGCGAAUGCAUUGAAGCGUGGGGUUCCCGUGUACAUUAUGCCCAAGUUUGACUUCAUCAAGAUGCUGGAAUAUACGGAGAAAUUCCGCAUCACGGACCUUAUUCUGGUACCCCCUGUGGUGGUUGCCCUAGCCAAGCAUCCUGCGGUCAGAAGCGGCAAGUACGAUCUUAGCAGUGUCGAGGCGAUUGGCAGCGGCGCAGCGCCCCUGGGAAGAGAAGUCUGUGAUGAAGUGGAGGCCCUCUGGGAACCUGGACGUGUCAAUGUGAAACAGGGCUGGGGGAUGACCGAGUACGUUGUGCCGCCUAUUGUAUCUACCAAUGAAGCAGCAAUGUGAGCUAACACAGAAGUUUUCCCAAAGGACUACAUGCGCUAUACUUGGCUGGAACCCCACCGAAACAAGUCACACAGCGUCAGUUGGAGAGCUGAACCCCAAUUGCGAAGCAAAGAUUAUGGCCGACGACGGGGUCACCGAGUUAGGACGUAACCAACGGGGUGAACUCUGGGUCCGAGGUCCGAAUAUUAUGAAGGGUUAUUGGCGAAACCCGCAGGCCACAAAGGAAACCAAGACGGAAGAUGGAUGGCUGAAGACUGGAGAUAUCGCGUAUGUGGACGAUCAGGGGAAGUUCUACGUAGUUGACCGGAAAAAGGUACGUCGUAUGACAAAUAGCUCCCAGUUGCCACAUAUGGCAAAAAAAAAAAAAAAAAAAA